AUGGUGAAGAUUCUUAACUCGGUGCUGCUUCUUGCAGCCAUCGCCCAUGCCCACUACCGAUUCUCCAAGAUCGUGGUCAACGGCGUAGAAGAAGCAGCAGAAUGGACCGCUGUACGCAUGACCAAGAACUACCAAGGCAACCAAGGCGUCACCGACGUCAACAGUCCCGACAUGCGCUGCUUCCAGAUGCGUCCCGGGACGACGACGGCCACCAUCGCCGCUGGCGAGAAACUCGGCUUCGUCGCCAACGCCGAGGUUACCCACUUCGGCCCCGUGCAGUUCUACAUGGCCAAGGUUCCCGAUACGGCUGAUAUCAACACGUGGGAGGCUGCUGGGAACGUGUGGUUUAAGGCUGGUAGUAUUAGCGCUGUGAAGAGCGAUCAACGAGUUGUCGACUUCACCAUCCCAACUGACGUUCCGAGCGGGAAGUACCUUGUUCGAGUGGAAAGCGUUGCUCUCCACCAGGCUCAGGCUCCAGGCGGUGCUCAGAUCUACCUCUCUUGCGCCCAGGUUGAGGUCACGGGCGGCGGAAGCGGCACACCCGGUCCCUUGGUUGCGUUCCCCGGUGCAUAUAGGGCGAGUGAUCCUGGUCUCCUGUGGUCUUAUUAUCCUGUUGCUACGACUUACACGGCACCAGGACCCGCUGUGUGGGGAGGCGCGGCGGCUUAG